CCUCUGCAAAGCACUAAAUUCUUCUUUAUCGCACUUUGUUCGACAUCCGCAAUGACCAAACGACUUUCCGCCGAGCUGGAGAAGAAAGACAGUUCUCUUCACAUCGAUGACGUUGAAUCUGGGGAACAUGACCUCAAAUCAUCUCCCGUUGCCGAAGGGGAUUAUUCGGGCGCGGUGGCUAAGUCUGAUCCCAAAGAAAUCAAGCUGGUUCGCAAAUUGGAUCGUCGGAUCAUGCCCGCGCUCUUUUGCAUGUACUUUUUAAAUAAGCUCGAUCAAAAUGCCAUCGCAAACGCGCGUCUCAACGGUCUAGAAAAGGACCUUAACCUGGUUGGAUCGCAAUACAACACCUGCAUCUCCAUCCUCUAUGUCGGAUACCUGUUUGCCCAAAUCCCUUCCAACAUGAUCAUGUCGAGCCAGAAAGUGCGUCCGUCUCUAUACAUGUCAGUGUGUAUGAUGGCAUGGGCAACCGUUGCCUCCCUCACAGCCCUCGUCAAGGGCUACGCUGGUCUCGUCGUCGUUCGAUUCUUUCUUGGUGUUGUCGAGGCGCCUUUCUAUCCCGGCGCGCUAUACAUCUUGUCCAUGUUCUACACCCGCAAAGAGAUCGCGACACGCGUUUCCAUCCUAUACGCUGGCAACAUCUUCGCUACCAGCUUCUCCGGCUUGAUUGCGGCUGCGACCUUCAAAACUUUGGAUGACAAGCACGGGAUGCACGGCUGGCAAUGGUUAUUUAUAAUAGAGGGUGUUGUCACUUUCGGUGUUGCCAUAGCGGCGAUUUGGAUGCUUCCCGAUUACCCGCUUACGACUAGAUGGCUUACUGAGGAAGAACGACAAAUGGCUCACGACAGGAUGCAAAGAGAUACUGUUGGUCUACAAGAGAGCAAGGGUGCCUCAGCUGGCUUCAUGCAGGCUCUGAGAGAUCCUCGCAUAUACGUCUUUAUCCUUAUGCAGAACAUGCAUCUAAGUGCAACAAGUUUCAAUCAGUUCUUCCCGACUGUGGUGGGCGCCCUCGGCUUCAACACUACUAUUACUCUGGUACUUACCUGCCCCCCUUCUCUCGUCGCUGGGAUAGUCGGUGUCGGCAUCGGCAUUUCAUCAGGUAAAUUCAACGAACGUACCUGGCACAUCACAAUCAUGAUGGGAUUGGCGCUUGCUGGUUUUGUGAUCUCUGCGGUCACCCUCAACAUGCCUGCUCGAUAUGUCUCAUGCUUCAUGUUCGCUUCUGGUGUGUAUGCGGUCAACUCGGUGAUUCUGGGAUGGGUCUCCGCUACGCUCGGUCAAACACCAGAGAAGAAGGCAGUGUCUCUUUCGAUCAUCAACAUGCUGUCCAUGGCUUCAUUCAUCUACACCCCGUAUCUAUAUCAGAAGAGCGAUGGACCGCAAUAUAGGAUUGCAAUGAGCAGUAACGCCGCUUUCGCGUUCAUGACCAUUGCUUCAGCUUGGGCGUUGAAGCUGUGGUUGAUGUGGACCAACAAGAAGAUGAAACAGAAUGGAGGACCAGGCAAUGUCUUCUACGCAUACUGA